AGAGAGCUGCAGCGGGGACUCGAGGUGCACGAUGUGGGCUCGGAUGACGGUCGGGGCCGGGGGCUCGGUGCUCCGGCUGCGGGCUUCCAGGGACGGUUUGCUGCGGGUCGCUGGUGCUGGAUGUGCGGGGAAGAGGCAGCAGCAGAGGCAGGCUUCUGGUUCAGAGGCUGCCUUGAAGAAGACUCCGCUCUUCGACUUCCACAGGCAGCAGGGAGGAAAGAUGGUGGAGUUUGCGGGCUGGAGCAUGCCGGUCCAGUACAAAGACAGCCACAUCGCCUCGCACAUGCACACCAGAGAGCACUGCUCCAUCUUCGACGUCAGCCACAUGCUGCAGACCAAAGUCCACGGCAAAGACAGAGUGAAGUUCAUGGAGUCUCUGGUGGUUGCAGAUAUCGCAGAACUCAAGGACAACCAGGGUUCGUUGUCCCUCUUCACCAAUGACAAAGGAGGGAUCAUGGACGACCUCAUCGUGACAAAGACCGACCAGGGCUACCUCUACGUCGUCUCCAACGCCGGCUGUGCCGACAAGGACUCGGCUCAUAUGAAGGCCAGACUGGCAGAGUUCAAAGCACAGGGUUUUGAUGUGGAUCUGGAGUUCCUGGAUGAAGCACUGAUUGCUCUGCAAGGUCCAGCCAUGUCUAAGGUGCUCCAGGAGGGGCUGAAGGAGGACCUGAGCAAGCUGACCUUCAUGACCUCCACCCUGGCCACUGUGUUUGGUGUUCCAGGCUGCAGGGUGACUCGCUGUGGAUACACUGGAGAGGACGGCGUGGAGAUCUCGGUGCCUCAGUCCAGAGUGGUUGAGCUGACGGAGAAGCUGCUGACUAACAGUGAGGUGAAGCUGGCCGGUCUGGGAGCCAGAGACAGUCUGAGGCUGGAGGCCGGGCUCUGUCUCUAUGGCAACGACAUCGAUGAGACCACCACGCCUGUUGAGGCCACCCUCGUCUGGACCAUUGGAAAGCGCAGGCGUAAGACCAAAGACUUCCCCGGAGCCAACAUCAUCGUACCUCAGAUCAAAGCCAAGACGGACAGAAAGAGAGUCGGCCUGGUGUCCGCCGGCCCCCCAGUCCGACAACAUACACCCAUACUCAGCCCCGACGGAAAGGUCAUAGGUGAGGUGACCAGCGGCUGCCCGUCUCCCUGUCUGAAAAAGAACGUCGCCAUGGGUUACGUGGACGCAGCGUUCGCCAAGAACGGAACAGCCAUCCAGGUGGAGGUCAGGAAAAAAGCAGUGCCGGCCACCGUCAGCAAGAUGCCCUUCGUUCCCACCAACUACUAUUCCGGAUAAGAGACGCACCCCAAACCCUGGGGUACACUGGCAGUGGAGCGUUCCUUUACCAAGCUCCAUAUUUACCAAUGUCGCCCCCUUCUGGUUACCUCCAGCAAUGCAACACCAAUAUAAAAAUAGCAAAUCUUCACUGGUGAGUCCUCAGAGAGAAAACAAUCCAAAAUUAGAAACUUUUAUACACUAAUGUUUGUGUGGGGCGCAUUAAAUGUAUAAAGUUUAGAGCAGUACAAACAGGAUUAAAUGGCAACAGGACCUCACAUAUAAAGACUUUGUGCAGGACGUUGUAAUCAGCCACUGCCACUCUACAGACAGGCUCUCUUUUGGCAUUAACAUGGUGUCACCUGUGGAUGGCUGUGAAUCGGCAGCAGUUUACAGAAGAGAUGCAUUAAUUCCAAGCAGUAUUGCUGAAUCUGAGAAUGUAUGUAUGACUACAGGACGGUUGUAGAUGUUAACAUGGUUCAUGGACCAAGUUUUUCUUUGUCUAGUCGGUAAGCAGGUUAAAUGGAAACAACUUGCUGCUCUUUCAGCCAAAACACACUAAAGCUAGGCUGUGUGGUUCCAUUAAAUUCUAGUAUUUAAUUAACUUUUUGUCACAGAUUAUAGGUUUUUGAAGCAUGAUAUACUUUCCAUUUGUCACCACUGGACCAAAACAAAGCUCCAAAUUGCUCUUUUGACACUAAAUCAUCACAUAUCUGCAGUUUUUGUUUUUUCUAAGGUCAUCAGAGUGCCAUUAAACCAAAUUUCCAUUAAUAAUGUAGUUGUAAACAGCUCGAUUCAGGGAGGUAUAACUGGGUCAGCUUCUUAUCUAACCAACAAACCUGUCAGUUCAGUUUGUGAAACUUAUUUAACAGAUUUUUCACUUUUCUCUUGGUUUGUUCAACAACCGGAUCCAAGCAGUCUCUCAGACAUUUCACUACCUAAUUAAUAUGUUUAACUUUGAGAGAACUUUGCGCUACAUAAGAUAUAACGAUAGUCUUACUUGAAAUCCUAAUGACACUUUAGAUGUAAUUAUGAGUUCCAUCUGCUACUGAUAAAUUACAUUUCUUUAUUAAAUGAGGGCACUGUCUUUGGACUUAAGACUUCUGUACUUCUACAGAAAUAACACUACUGAUUUAUGGGUUGUCUUGAUGUACGCUGCGUGUGAGUAUGGACUUCAAUGUUUAUGUGAACAUGUUAAAUAACAUUUUGUAUUUGAUUCAAAAAUAUCUUUUCUUUAAUAAAAUAAUUUUCCAUUCUU